GGGCACAGGGCGGCGUGGCCGCUGCGGUCCCCCGGUGCGAUGUGGCCCAGUACGGAGGUGCCGAGGGCGGAGCCCCUGCCGGAGGCCGGCCCGAAAUGGGGUGGGUCUAGGCGCAACUCGGAGUUUGUCAGGGUUCAAGCGCCCGCCCCAACAGUGACCAGGGAGCGGCCGAGCCUCGGUGGCCCCCGAAGAAACUCCCUGAUCCCAGUGCCUGGCUCACCGAGCGAGGUGGGCGGACGGCUCGGGACCAUGGCCAGACCGGGCAUGGAGCGGUGGCGCGACCGGCUGGCACUGGUGACGGGAGCCUCGGGGGGCAUCGGCGCGGCCGUGGCCCGGGCAUUAGUCCAGCAAGGACUUAAGGUAGUGGGUUGUGCCCGCACCGUUGGCAACAUCGAGGAGCUGGCUGCUGAAUGUAAGAGUGCAGGCUAUCCCGGGACUUUGAUCCCCUACAGAUGUGACCUGUCAAACGAAGAGGACAUCCUCUCCAUGUUCUCAGCUGUCCGCUCUCAGCACAGUGGCGUGGAUAUCUGCAUCAACAAUGCUGGCAUGGCCCGGCCGGACACCCUGCUCUCCGGCAGCACCAGCGGUUGGAAGGAAAUGUUUAAUGUGAAUGUGCUGGCCCUCAGCAUCUGUACUCGGGAAGCUUACCAGUCCAUGAAGGAGCGGAAUGUGGACGACGGGCACAUCAUUAACAUCAACAGCAUGUGUGGCCACCGAGUCCCACCCCAGUCUGUGAUCCAUUUCUAUAGUGCGACUAAGUAUGCCGUCACUGCAUUGACAGAGGGACUAAGGCAAGAGCUGCUGGAGGCCCAGACCCAUAUCCGGGCCACGUGUAUCUCUCCAGGCUUGGUGGAGACACAGUUUGCCUUCAAACUCCAUGACAAGGACCCUGAGCAAGCAGCUGCCACCUAUGAACACAUAAAGUGUCUCAAACCAGAGGAUGUGGCUGAGGCUGUCCUCUACGUCCUCAGCACCCCCCCACACGUUCAGGUCGGAGACAUCCAGAUGAGGCCCACAGAGCAGGUGACCUAGUGUUCUGUGGGGAGCUCCUACCUUCCCCACCCUCCGUGGCUUGCCUCCUGCCUCUGGAUUUUAGGUGUUGAUUUCUGGACCCCGGAUCUUACUUUCUGUAUCCACCCCCUCUAAGGGAUAGAAAAUUUCAUCCGAUUAUUCCCAUUACAAAUGUGAAAACAAAA